CUGGCAGUGAAUUUCGGAACGCACUGAAGUUUCCUUCACGUUUUCUAACCUAUUUAUAUUGCCUAUUGACGUUUCCUCGUGUUUGAAUUUAGGGUUGUCGAACAUCUUUUAGUUACUGCCAAUUGGAUAAAAAGAACUUGUUAGCCAAAAUACUGAAGAAGAACUUUUUGAUUACAAGAACAAUUAAAAUUCUUUGUUAGCAGAAAUGGCUGAGGCAAUGCGUCAAACCGUGGCUGGUAUGCUUAAAGGCAUUGAAAGGUACAAUCCAGAUAAUCUCACAACCUUAGAAAAGUACGUGGAGAUACAAUCGAGAGAGAACGCCUAUGAUUUAGAAGCAAAUCUAGCUGUUCUGAAGCUCUACCAGUUAAAUCCUCAUCGAUUUAACAUGGAUAUAACAUGCCAGAUAUUGUUGAAAGCUCUAACCAAUCUCCCACAUACCGACUUUGUGUUGUGCAAAUGCCUGCUCAGUGAGAAACUUAUGUCGGAGAGUCCAAUCAGUCAGAUUAUGUAUUUGGGAGAUAUUUUAGAACGAUGUGAAUUCCAACAUUUUUGGGACAGAGUAUUAUCUAUGUCAGAACUUUGCGAUAGAAUUGUAGGUUUCCAAGAUUCGAUAAGAAAGUUUGUGUGUCAUGUAGUUAGAAUCACGUUUCAAACAAUAGACAAGGGACUCUUGUUACAACUGCUUGGUGGUGUAGAUGAUGCAACGUUGAAACAUUGGGUGAAGAAAUAUGGCUGGAAGGAAGAGAGCAAAGUGAUCAUCUUUGUCGCGAAUCAAGACGAAAAGAUCAAGACUAAGAAUAUUACGGAAAAAAUUGAUUUCGACAAUGUGGCGGGUUUGAUGGCCGCUUGUCUGUGAAUACACAUCAGUGACUAUUUUCUAAUAAAUUAAACGUGCAGAUUACUCAGAUUCAUAAAUACAUACAUUUACCAAUUACUAGAAUAUUCCUAUUUUUAUAAAGAGAAACACUUGCACAUUUUA